CAACAUCUGAGAAAACCUUAUCGUCUGCGAUAGUGGCUGCGUACUGUGCUACCAUUGGAAGUGUUUAAGGAAACUAGUACUAAAUAAUGGCUCGUUUCUUAAAAACUAAGUGAAAUGGAAGCGAUAGAGCAAAAUGGUUCAAUUGCAGCUCCAACUAACCUGACAGUCGACGACGUUGAUGUUGAUUUCUUACCACUUAUAUACGAUAUUAUUAGAAGUGUGGAACGUGAUCCUCAUGACUCGACACAGAAAACAAGAGAAUCUCAAGAUAUAAGCCAAAAAAUUUUGGAACUACAUAAGAAGUUUGAUGAAGCAAGAGCUCAGAUUGGGCGCCUGCCAGGAGUAGAGUAUAGCAAAGAGGAGCAAUUGAAAAAAUUAGAAACCUUCCGUAAGCAGCUGCAAUUAAAAAAAGACUUGUUGAGGAAGUACCGUGAGAUGUGUACUUUCGAAAUUCCUAAAUAACUGUGUGCACACAAUUUAGUUGCCAGAGAAUGGUGUUACGCUGGGUCAUACGUUACCUGGCCAACAAUGAACAGCUUGUGAACAGAAUAGCAGACUCCUACCCUGUCAGAAGGGCGGCUCAACUAGUUGUGUACCUAUUCAAU